AUGCUGGACCUGCCCGAACUGCUCUCCGUACGCCCGCAAGAACUUUUGUCCUCGGAGAUUUACACCGUACCUGCAGGUGGUUCGGUCAGCAGCCAGUUGCAGCUACAGUCGCCCUGCAUCUUUCGGGUGGUGGCGGAACCUACCGAUACUCGGUGUGACGCCACGACGGGCUCCGUGUCCACUGCUGCGACGGGCUCCGGCUUCGUACAGCAACUGCCUGCGGGCACCUAUGAAUUGAUUUUCAAGAGCGAUGAUCAGGCCUUGGCUGACGCCGUUCCCUUCUUCGUCACCUGGGGCAUUCGUGCCACCAGUGCCGACACGGGCGCGGUGUCCUGCGACGGACUGGCGAGGAUUGAGGACGCGACAGUUGGAGGCACUGCGCGGCAGGGCGCCAAGGAGUUCAAGAAACAGUUGAACAUAGCAGCCCUCCCAAAUGCGCUGAAACUUCCCGUCACAGUGCCGCAGCCUGCGGUAGCGACGAUUGCGUCCUGGUCGCCCUUCACUCAGCACUAUGUUCGCGUCGCCUUGGUCUCGGAUGAAGGGCUCUGGGUCGGGGAGCAGCGUGGCAGGCGCAGCUCGCUGGAGAUCGAGCUUCCCCCUGGAGACUAUCAGAUGACGGUGGAGGAGAUGUCACCGCUAUCGCCACCUGCUGGCUGCAUGGCCAUGGGUGUGGCUGUUUCUCUCGUUCCCUUUUCUGCCAUCGAACGCUCGAGUUCUGCCGUGGGCUCGGUGCCGCCCUUCUUGGGCUCCUCCCUGGGCUUGGGCGCGCGCUGUGAUGGCCUAGGGGCACUGCCGCUGCCGCUGGACGCCAUCAGCGACACCGGCGGCUCUGCCGCCUAUGGUGGCCCUGUGGAUGCGGAUGGGCGGCUGCUGAUCCGCGAACGCAUCAUGUUGACGGACAUCCACGACGGCCGCAAGAAGGUCUUCCUACGCCUGCCUGCGGCGUCGAUGCUGAGGGUGGCUGUGGUUUCGGAAGACGCAAUGGAGACGGAGGUGGUCCUUGAAGAUAGCAGCCACCAGCAGAUUGCCCCGGUUGAGUCGCAUAUCAUGGGAGAAGGUCAAGCUGCCAGUUAUAUCAUGGAGGCUCCUGCCUCUGGCUUGUGGGUGUCUUUUCAUCGAGAGCACCGGGUGGCACAGACUUCAGGAUGCGCUUCCUUCGACCUGCUGAUGCAGUCUGCUCCCAUGCAGGACAUGGUGAAGAUGUCAGCCUGCGGGGAGCCUCGGGAACUCAGAGAGAUGGUGGAGAAGGUGCUGGAACAUUUUCACGAGAGCACGAUCAGCUCUGCUGAAGGUCGUCUGCGGAUCCCAGGCACAACUUCCGGCUCCGGUUCCGCGAGCACGGGGGCGCUACAUCUGCGGCUGGCGGAAGAGUCGUUGGUGGAAGUCGAGGUGCAGUUUAACUUCAUGCUCUCCAACGUGCACUUGUGGUUGGAUUCCGGCCUGGGUCGUGGCCUCGCUCCGCGCGUCCGUGCGCACGGCACGGCGGCGGCGGAGAAGAACGCGGCGGCGCAACUGCGGCUGCGGCUGGAUGCAGGUGAUCAUGUUGUACGCAUCCGUCACGAUCCGGCCUUUCCAGCCGAGGCCAGUCCCAUCAAACUGCUUGUGGCCAGCCCUCAAUGCGCGCCUCUGUCUCUGAAGCUUCGCCGCGUGGCGGUGCGCGCGCAGCGCCCGGUGGUGAGUAUGCCAAUGGCCCCUCUGGUGUCUGGCAGCGACCUGGUUUUGCACCUGGACGCUGGCUCCAGCGGCUCCAGCGGCUCCAGUGCGGCGCUGGCGCAAAAACCGCCCAGCGCAGCCAGCCAGGGAGGCUACGGAGGUCAUACCUUGGCGUGGUCCUCCCAAGUUUUGUCCGGCCUAUUGGGCGUGAGUGGCAGACAAGUGUCGCCUGCAGCCGGGCACCCUGGGAUACCCUGGGAUAUCCUGGGGCACCCGAGGACUUCCUUCCCCAUGCGCCUGAUUUCCCUCACCCGGCUGCGCCGGCGCCCGUGGCGCGCCCGGUGUAGCGCACAACUGGUGCCCGUGGCACCCAGCAGCCCGGUUCCUGUGGCAGUGGUGCCGGAGCCGCCGGUGGAAGAGCCAGGGGAGUGCGCUACUUUCAGAUACGCUUCACCCGGCGCCGCCCGCGCCGCGCUGACGUCGCUGCUGGGCCGCCGCGACGCGUCGCGGCGGAAUGAGGCGCUGUACGUCCUGCGGGGAGCGAAGAUGGCGGAACUGCGCGACUUGGCGCAGAGAACUGAAGAUGAACUCAUGGAGCUCAAGUCUGAAAAACAGGUCACCGUUGCGUUACGUCGUUUUCUGCUGGACGCCGCCUCCAUCGAGCUGCAGAUCGAGGACGCCGUGGAGCAGCUCGUGACGCUGACGCCGCUGCCGCUGGAGGCGCUGCUGGCGGCCUUCGCGACGCAGCAUGGACGGGUGAUGCUAGGCGCGGCGGGCGAGCCACGGGGUUAA